AUGCCUUCCAUGGAUGCGGACCCGGAAAAACAAGGUUGCAAUGGUAUCCUUGCUAACACCGACGACAACGACAUCCCUAGGGAGACAUCGCCUCGCCCAAUUCAUGGAUGGAAGUGGGCUAUUGCUUACGCCUCUAUGAUCUCGACAACAUUUCUCUUCGCGUUGGACAAUAGCAACGUGCGUCCGCAUACCCCUCCCACCGCCUUCUCCUCUGAUAUCAGGCCAGUCCGAGGGAAAGUCUGA